AUGGAAAAGCGCAAGAUUGAACGUCCGAAGAUUGGGGAGUCCACGUCUGCAGCUCGUAAUAUAGUAAGCAAUGCAGAAUCCACAGGUAGUACACGCCAUAGCAACAACAAUCGUAGCAAGUCGUCGGUGAAGCUGAAACAGCAACGAGUAAAGACGCAGCACCAUAGUAAUAGUGAAAAUCGUGAUGAUUCAAAGCAAUUGGAAGACGACAAAGAUGAAAACAAGUCAAUUGGUGUUAGACUGCAAACGUUUAUAGAGACCACAGAAGCUCAACAACUUGCAGCUGCAUGGCAUCAACUUGAUCACAAGGAUACAACAGCAUAUCCAAGUGCAGAAGUUAUUGCAUCGCUUAUAGAGCGAAUUAUCAUUCGGUUGAUCGAGUCAUUUACAGGAUUUACGCUCUUCCUCUUCUUGAUCGAAUUGGGAAUUGCGCUUGUGACAUUUCGCCUUCAGUUUUUCUCUCGAGCUGGUUAUGUGCUGGAUCUCGCCAUCGUCGGCACUUCACUUGUUAUCGAGAUGUACGCACAAACAAAAGUCGUGCGAUUAUUUGGCGUUUUGCGCUUCUGGCGAGUGCUGCGAUUAAUUCGACAAUUUGUCGAUCAGGAACGGGCUGCUCAUGAUAUUACACGGCAAUUACUAGAGCAGAAAGAAUUGAAAUUGCUUCAUGUUGAGAUGCAGAGGGAUGCAGCACGGGAAUCACUUAAGCGAGAGUAUGAGUCACGUAAAGGGCUUGACAACCUUGUGUGCAGCUAUAAAGAUGAGAUCGUGACGCUAAAAGAGGCACUUGAGAUCGCUGCACAAGCCGUAGCUGAGGCGUCAAUAUAUAAGAGUGAUUCAGCUGGCUAUGAGUACAAUAAAGAAGCUAUUUAUCACAACAACGAUGGUGCCGAAGUUUCCCCAGAACAAUGGAACGAAAGUGACAUCUACAACCAGGAAGUGCUUUCAACAGAGAUGCAACAAGUGGAUGGGAACGAUUAUCAACGGCAUUACGAAACGGCAGCUUUAAUUUCGCCUGAGACACUGACAGAAACUCAAGCCGAGGAAACAGAUAUUGAAUUUCAAGAUACUGUGGAGGAAUGA